AUGUCCAACUCCAACUUGUAUUGCCCUAUGAUGCAGUAUAUGCUAAACUUCACAUCCAAUAGUACAAAAGGCCCGGCCAUAGUGUCCCUCCACGGCCUGAUCUCCACCCUGGGCAUCCUGGAGAACGUCCUGAUCCUGGGAGUGAUCGGCCUGCGUGUGCGCCGCACAGUCAUCAGCGUUUGGAUCCUCAACCUGGCAGCCUCCGACCUCCUGGCCACCGCCUCCCUGCCUUUCUUCACCUUCUUCAUGGCCCAGGGUGAUAGCUGGAUCCUGGGCACCACCUUCUGCCAAAUACAUUCCUCCAUCUUCUUCCUCAACAUGUUUGCUAGUGGUCUGCUGCUGGCGGCCAUUUCCCUCGACCGCUGUCUGGUGGUGAUGAAGCCAAUCUGGGCCCAAAACCACAGGGACAUCAAGCUGGUUGGCAGAGUGUGUGGACUUAUCUGGGCCCUGUCUAUCAUCUGCACCAUCCCCUUCUAUGUCUUCCGUGAUACUUUCAAACUGCGCUCUGAACGAAUCCUGUGUUACUAUAAUUACGCCAAAUUUCUACCCGAGGGGGAAGUUGAUCUUCCAGGGUUGUGCUGGGCACGGCACGGGGCCCUAGCUGUGGUCAAAUUCAUCGUAGCUUUCCUACUUCCCCUGGUGUGCAUCGUCAGCAGCUACGUGAUGGUGCACUACAGGAUGAAACAGAGAGGCCACCGAUGCUCCUUCAGAUUUGUGCGCCUGGUCGUGGCGGUGGUGGUGAGCUUCGUGGCCUGCUGGGCGCCGUACCACAUCCUCAGCAUCCUGGAGGCGUUGGUGGCCCGCGGAUCACGCAUACACAUCGCCACGGCCACGACCCUGCCCUAUGCCGCCAGCUUCUCCUUCCUCAACUGCGUGUUCAAUCCCGUCCUCUACGUGUUCAGCUGCCCCAACCUGUGCAGCAAAAUCCGCGAGUCCUUCAGCGCGGUUCUGGAGAACGUGCUGGCCGAGGACAUAGGGGAGAUGUCAAGACGACGCAGCACAAUGCGGUCCUCCGUUAGCACCUCAGAGAUACUGUUGAGACAGAAGAGCACCAUCACCCCUCCCCCUGACCAGAAAGAGGUCAAUGGAGGAAGGGAGGAGGAUCAAUAGAGAAACAACCAUCCUGCUGAGGAAGAGGAGAGGAGAAGGUGGUUCUGAGGAGCAGGUGGUUCUGAGGAGAAGGUGGUUCUGAGGAGCAGGAGGUUUUGAGGAGAAGGUGGUUCUGAGGGGCAGGAGGUUCUGAGGAGAAGGUGGUUCUGAGGAGAAGG